AUGAAGUAUAUUCAAGAGUUUCAGAGAGAAAAAAUGGAAUUUGAACACAAUUUAGCAAAAUUCAGGGAAGACCAUCCUGACUUGAUGGAGAACCCAAAACAGUCUGAUGUUCCAGAGAAACCCAAGACUCCACAACAGCUUUGGUUCAACCAUGAGAGAAAAGUCUACUGGAAAAUGCAUCCAGAUGCAACUCCAAAGGAAAUAAAAGAAGCACUUGGAAAGCAGUGGUCACAGCUGCCGGACAAAAAACGGCUGAAGUGGAUCAACAAGGCCUUGGAGCAGCGGAAACAAUAUGAAGAUCUGAUGAAAGAAUAUAAACUACGGCAUCCAGAGAUGAAUGUUGGAGCUGAGGAAGGCACAAAGUUUACAGUCCUUACAAAAGCAGAGCGCCAGUUGAAAGACAAAUCAGAUGGGCGGCCGACAAAACCACCACCGAAUGGCUACUCACUUUAUUGCGCUGAACUAAUGGCCACAAUGAAAGAUGUCCGGAGCACUGAGAGAAUGGUGUUAUGCAGUAAACAGUGGAAGCUUUUGUCACAAAAAGAGAAGGAUGCCUAUCAGAAACGCUGUGAACAAAAAAAGAAGGAAUAUGAAGUUGAGUUACAUCGAUUCCUGCUGACAUUACCAAAGGAAGAACAGCAGAGGAUUCUCACAGAAGAAAGCAUGCGGACUGGGAAUAAGAAGGCUGCUAGCAGUCCGUCCUCGAAGAAGACCACGUCAGAUGCUGCAAAGGGUGGCUCUGAAAAGCCCAAACGUCCCAUCUCUGCCAUGUUCAUCUUCUCUGAGGAGAAGCGUAAGAAACUUCAGCAGGAUCAGCCUGAUUUAUCCGAAAACGAACUCAGUCGGCAGCUUGCUAGGAUGUGGAGCAACCUCUCCGAAAAGAAAAAGGAGAAAUACAAGGCAAUGGAGAAAGCUUUGAAAACCGAAUGUGACAAAAAGCAGAACUCUGAUAAGGAUGACAAGGGAAAACUACCAGAGCCUCCCAAAACCGCAGAGGAGAUCUGGCAACAGAGCGUGAUUGGAGAUUACAUGGCUCGAUACAGGAACGACCGUGGAAAGGCUCUGAAAGGCAUGGAUAUCACAUGGAACAACAUGGAGAAAAAAGAGAAGAUGAUGUGGAUAAAGAAAGCUGCAGAUGACCAGAAACGCUAUGAAAGAGAGUUAAGUGAAAUGAGGUCGCCAAGCACGCCAGUGAUCCAGAGCAGCCAGGGCAGGAAAGUUAAGUUUGAAGGAGAACCAAAGAGGCCUCCAAUGAAUGGUUAUCAGAAAUUCUCUCAGGAACUUCUUUCAAGUGGAGAACUAAAUCAUUUACCGCUAAAGGAACGCAUGGUAGAAAUUGGUAGCCGAUGGCAACGUAUUUCCCUGGCGCAGAAGGAUCAUUACAAGAAGCUUGCAGAAGACCAGCAGAGACAGUAUAAACUGCAGCUAGAACUUUGGCUAAAGAGUCUGUCUCCGCAGGAGAAAUUAGCGUAUAAGGAAUACCUUUCUGGAAAGCGCAAAUGCUCUGCAAAACCAGCAGCACCAAAUGCAAAAGUACAAGUCAUGCAGAAGGUCAAGUCGGAUUCUGAGGAAGAAGAAGAUGAUGACGACGAUGACGACGAUGACGAUGAUGACGAUGAAGAGGAGGAAGAGGAAAAGGCUGAUUCAUCAGAAGAAGGUGGUGAUUCUUCAGGGUCUGGUAGUGAGGAUGGUAGUGAAGAGAAUGAAGACGACGAUGAUAAUGAAGCAGAGGAAGAAGACAAUGACUCUGAGAGCAGCAAUAGUUCUUCGUCUUCUUCUGAGGACUCAUCUGACUCUGAUUCUGACUAAAAUGGACAAGAAUUUUGCCCUACAUCUAUGUUUUUAAGAUAACAAAAACACCUUGAAGGACAGCAAAGUACUUGAAGGACAAGCUGUGGGCUUAUUGUUGGUGUCUUUAGGAAAAUUUACAUUUCUGGAUGACAUCGAAUUUUUUAGUUUGUUUUAAGGACGGCAGCAAGCAUCCUGCAUUUGCACCAUGAAGUUUCCUUUUUUUUCUUUUUUAUCCCGCUCUCCACUUCGGAAUGCAUUUGCAGACAGGAAAUGUAGAAGGACAAUACUUUUCUUGGAAAACGGACUCCUGUGGUACUUUAUUUUUUUUCUACGUUGACCUGUCUGUAGCUGUAGUUGCUUUUUUGAAUUUCUCAGUCAAACAGUGGCCUUGUGACCAAGGGGCACACUGGCUGGAAAAGGGUGGUCUUUUAUGAUGGGAUUUAAAAGAGCUCAUGGAUGUUUGCAGGAGACUCAGUGAUCCAGUUCUAGUCGUUUCCUGUGGAUCUUUACUUUUUUGUGAUAAAAUGACUUGUUUACAAAUGACACACACACACAGAAAACCUUGAGUCCAUCCUUCAUGCUGUGAGAAGCCUGUGUAAAUAAAUUUGUAGUCAGGGUUCAGACUGACAUGAAUGAUAUAUAUAUAUAAAUAUAUAUAUUAUAUAUAUACUUUCUUUUAUUUUUUUUAAAUGUUGCUUUUAAAAGACCACUCAUUACUUUAAAUAAAUUUUUCUGAAAGGUAAUAAUAAGACUCUUACCAUUAUAGAUACCAAAACUGUGCAAGGAUAUUGAAUUUUUGAUGGCAUGAUAAACAUUGCUGCCAUGUUUUAUGCUCAUUUAAAAAUGCAAACCAUCAGUGUUUUAUACUGCAUUGUUUUGUCCAGAAGCUGUUUUUCUAAAUCCGUUUGCAACUCCAAGUGAUACAUAUUUUUAAAAGAAAACAAAAUACAGAUUCAUAGAUUCGGGACAGAUGAGUUAGCAGGCUUAUUUAUUGUUUUGUCUCUACUUUUUCUUGAGGGACUCUACUUUGUAGUAGUGAUGCGUCCUUUUUUAAGUUUUGGAUUUAUUCUUCCAGAGGUGCGAGGCAUCAAGUCAUUAGUUGAGUUCCUCCCGUGGCAUUAUUGUGCUUUUGAGGCUUUUAAUAAAACGUAACUUAGUGAAUCUGUUUAAAAACAUCACUGAUAUUAAAAGAUGAAGUGUCUUUGAGGCGAGGUAGUGCCCCCAUACUUCAAUACCCUUGCCUUCCUUCAGGGUUCGAACAUAUUUGCAUAAUGUGCUUGUGAACCAUUUGUUGUGUGCACAGGUGGCACACGUUUGGAGAGACUGUAACGUUUUAGCAGCGCUGAAACAUUAAAUAAAUAGAGCCUAGUUAUUUACUGCCUGUUCAGAUUCGACAUUAGAGUGGUAAUUAGUGGGCAUCUACUUUACAUAAUCGCAUCUGGGCCAUAGAAGAUCAUAUGGGCAUCUGCCUUCUUGCACUAGAAUUGGAUUCAGAUUAAGUGACAAGAUGAUGAUGAUGGCGACGAUGUGUGCAUCUUCAGAAACUGCCUGUCCCUCUUCCCCAAACAUGCACACCUUGUAAAAGCAGAAGUGGAAGGGUUUGCCAGGCGACGCACUUACUGCUGAGGCACUGAGAUAUCUAGGUCUAUUGUGUGUACUAAGCAAAGAAAUAGUUGCCUCGCUUCUUGAAUGAGGCUCUGAGCAUCAACAGAUUUUUCUACAACUCUGGAGCGGUCUGUGGCUUAUAUGAUACAAACUAAUACUGUGGUCUGUUUUAAUCUUUAAAAUGUCAUUGAAUACUGAUUUUAAAUGAAAAUAAAUCAGAAAAUGUAUUUUAUGUAUAUUUUGUACAUAGAUGUUUAAAUCUGGUGGGGGGUUAUGGUGCAAGAUUAAUGAGACCAUGUCUAAUUUUGCUGCUUGCACUCGGAAGAGGUAAGCAGCAAGAUUUCAUGCACAAGCCUUUCUGCCUUGCUUUCACCUCUUGUGUUGGCAUUUUAAAAGUCUUCUUUAUGCAUCCCAGCAUUAUUUACAAAAAGGUUCUUCAUCUUCCCCCAGUCUAUGCAGUGAAGUGCUGAGGACCCAAACAUUUAAUGUGAAUCCGUAUAUUGCACAACAACCACUAGGUGGCAGCACACCACAGAAAAAGUCAUAGAAGUGCUAGCUUUCCAGAGCUUUAAUAAAGAUAACCUUUGCUUAAAAAAAAAAAAAA